GCACGGGUGCUUUUACAAGGGAGUUUAGAGAGAAUGAAUUCGGAUCCCUCUUUCUGAGGUUUACAUGAGUAUUUAUACUAGGCUAAGGGGACAAGACCACGUGCGCCCACGUGGGGGCAUGCUGCCGAUGUGGUGCGAGGUGACUGUCCUACCGGGCGGGGCUGGCUGCGAAGGCUUUGUAUUCUUCAAAGCCCGCACCGGUAGGAAGUUCAUUUCCGAAGUCCCCCAGAGUAACCGGGGAUGGAAGGAAAAGUUUGUUUUCAUCGAGUUUCCCCCCUUCUUCACUCCUCUCGCCGGUCUGAAAUGGAAUGACCAUCUCCUUGACCAAGAGUACGCUGCACCGGCUUCCUCCCCUGACUUGGAGGCGAGUCUUGAAGUCCUCAUGCGCGGGGAUCCUUACACCGGGAGGGUCUUCCACUAUGGCAGCUGGGUCUGGAGGGUCGAGUCGGGUGGUGAGGGUACCUCCCCGGCCCAUGAAGCAGCGGGGCGCGGGGUACCCUCCCCGGGCAACACUGCAGAGGCUGAGGACCAGAACCACCCAGAUAUGGAGUUCGAAGAGUUUGUCAUCCCUGAUGACCAACCGGCGGGGGAGACCGGGGGCUCCCAAGCCAACCCUUCCAAAACCUUCCCGGUCCACCAGGAGACCGUGGAGAUUUUGGAUGAGGACGAACCCCAAAACAACCGGUCCAAGGGGAAGGAGAAAGAGAAAACCGGUCGUCGGACCAAGAAGGUGGCCACCACGCACCCAUCUUACGCCAAGAAGAGGGCAAGGUCGGAUUCUGAGCCGGCCGGCCAGACCGUCGAGGAGGCCUUCGUCAACCUUGGGCUGAGGCUGAGGGAGGUUGGAGAAAUCGGCCCCCUUACAGCUGACCGGCUGGGGUUUGGCUCUCCUUCAGAACUUGCCCGGCUGAAGAAGGAGAAAGAGGAGAUGGCUCUCAUCUUGAAGAGUCAAGCUGACGAGCUGACCAGGCUAUCUGGGCUAGCCGGGUCUAUGAAGGUGGAGAUCUCUCAGUUGAAGGAAGAAAACUGCCGGUUACUCGACGAAGUUUCUGGGGCGAAGCAGGAGAUAUCCCAGAAGGAGAAAGACUUCCCCGGUCGUGCUGCCGCAUGGGUGGGAGAGAACAAGGCUGAAGCAACCCGGGUGAUGACGGCUAGCCCGGAAGCUACCAUGGAGUCCUUCAGGCUUCUUUACCGGGAGCCUGAGGGGAAGAAGAUGAUCACCGCUAUUGGGUCCUUCGGAUUCAAGAGCGGUCAGAAGAAAGACCGGGCUGCUUCUCAUCGGAUCUUGAAGAAAAGGGACCCGGACUUUACUGCAGCUUCAUACGGCCUGGCUCCCAUCCCGGAGGAAGAGCCUACUCCCCCAUUUCCCCUUGAUUGAUCUCCCCGGCUGCGCCCGGCUGAACUAUUUUAUGUAAACUUCGAAUCCAUUUCCCUGGGAAUGCCCGGUGUACUUGUAAACACUUAACUUU